CGUCUGCAGUCUGGUCGUUCACGAUGAACGGCACAUCGGAAGGCAUCCAAGAGCCAUUCGACCUCAUUCGGCUUUCUCUCAACGAACGUGUGUUUGUCAAGCUACGUGGUGACCGUGAGCUCAAUGGCGUCCUCCAUGCGUAUGAUGGCCAUAUGAAUCUCAUACUGAGCGACGUGGAAGAGACGAUCAUGCUUGUCGACAGCAAUGAGGCCGCGCCGCCGGCAGGUCGAAUAAAUGUGGCUAAACGGAAGAUGGAUAUGCUAUUCGUGCGUGGGGACGGUGUCAUCUUGGUCUCGCCGCCAUCGCGAACAUGAAUGAUUUAUCGCAGUUGUAUUCCUUCCGUAUCUGUCCUUUAUAGUGCAAUCUGUUAUCUCUUUCCAUCGCGGCCGAAAGCCAAGUCUGUAAACCCAAAGCGCACAAUCAGCCUCCGCGCCGCCUCGCCGGGAGCACGAAGCCGUGCAUGGGAAGUCCGUCGAGAUCAGCAGGCACCCCCUUCUCCUCCUAUGUAUACGUACAAGUCUCUCUUGCUUGUGAACUCGCCCCUCUCCAUUCGAAGCACUGAAGCACCGCCCAAGCCCGUUGUAUUAACUACUCAAAGGCAGAGAUGUUCGUUGCAUGUCUAUUUCCCGUA